GUUGCAACGAUUAGAUUCGCAACUAAAAAGGCUACCCUCUUACUAUAUCACUUUGGCUGGUUUCGGCACUGCAGGGUGGGCGGCCAAGCUGUAAUUUUUUGCUAAGGCCAGUGCGUAAUAUAAGCUCUUAACAACUAGCUAUAAUAGCUUACAAACUAACGCAAUGCUGAGAGCUGGUUGCGCAAGCCAAAUCGCUGUUCGCGCUUGGGCAAGCGCAGCAUGUUCUGCCCAAGGCCCGAAUGGAGCAGCAGCUGCAUGCUCUAGCGAGGCGUCCCCUGUCCAAUGGGCUUGCCGCUGGUUUACGCACGAUUCUGCGACGAACCAGGCGUCCUUCUCAGCCGAUAGCAGCCCCAGCAGCAGCGCUCGCGUCAGCCUCCAACCAGCAGGUCCAUCGCAUGCCGCACACUUCUCCACUGCUUCUGCGGCUUUAGCGACAGCUGGCGCCACGGCCGCAUCCGCAGGCCGGCAGCGACUGGAAGUGGUGACCGACAUCCCGGUUAAGGCGCGCGCCAAGCUUGCAGACGAGUUGAACCAAGGUCCCUCAGCCCGUGGGCGACGUGAACGGCGGCCGCAGGCUGCAGCAAGCGCCGACGGAGACGCCGCCGCCGCACUGGCUGCAGAGUCGGGGAAGGCCGGGGCCACGGUUUCGGAGCUGGACGAGGAGGAGGUCCGGAUCGUAUUCGACAAGCUUGUGGGCGGCCUGACAAAGUCAGGACGCAAGGGCACCGCACGACGGAUUGUGUUGGAUGCCAUGCGGAUUAUGCGACAGCAGCUGCGGAAGGGUAGCCUUGAGGAGGUCAAGUAACGGCAUGUGUAAUCGUACACGGCGAAUUUUGCAUGACGUCUUGGCUUAGGUCUACAGUGAGAGGCUACGCGCUGCAUGCGGUAAUUGGCAUGGGACGCCGCGUGCUGUGCUCGGGCCUCUUUCCUGUUGAAUCCAAUGGCUUAUGUUUAUGGCAUGGCCUAUGUGGCCCUUAGGGUUGUGCGUCGCGCUUGAGUCGUUCUGACUGCCCUGUGAUGAUGGCCGUCUUAAGCAUGGCAGGGGCAGCGAGAAUGCUGGUGCCGUAAGGUUAGUAAGGGCUUCCGGUGCCGCACACCCUCUCAUGCUUUGGGUGUGAAAGCCAUGGCGCUAGGGUCGGAAGCUUUCAUUGAUUUGCAUGGGUUGCCAAACCUCCUUCCUGGUAGCGGUGGCUGGGAGACGUCGGGAAGUGUCUCUUGGGCGUUAUGACGGUUACCGAGCAUGCAAACACCAGAUUCGGAUGCUUUUGCGGAUGUGUCACGUACUGUAGUGGCUAGGUUGGCGGGCGUUUGGGGCCGGCAGCUCGCUUGGGUAGAAUCAGGCUGGUCCGUAAGCCAUCAGGGCUGUGGUGUUCUAGAGCUUUGCGUCGAUUACGGUGGUAAAGGAGUCCAUUGGUGGUGGUGUUGGGGACAGUGAAUGGAGGAGUUGCAGCACAAGGAUAGAAACCGAUUACGACCAACCAACCAACUGCAACGGGGCUACAGAGCUUCUCCAGCUUAAGGCUGGGAUCUGUGCAACCCUCGCUGUUGUAGACCAGAGCACAAAGUAGCGUCAUACUAACUUGGCUUUCCACACGGUUUGUGGGCAUGUAACGAGUUAACGAUCCC